AUGAAGUCUCUUGCAACAACCUCUUUCUUAUGUGCUCUACCCCUUUCCCCAACUUCUCCUUCAAUUCCCCCACCUACUGUACAAACCCAUACCAUCUCCUCUUCAUAUUCCCUUCAUUUCACCCCAACAUCCUCUCACAUUCCGCUUCAUAUUCACACAAAACCACCGUUUCACCAUCCACCAUCGACUUUAACAACACAACAUCUCAGCUUCACUUUGCACAAUGCAAAUGGCGGUUUCAACGGCGGAUUAUCAAAGAUGAACUCCAACAGGAACGAUAACAGAGCUGUUUCUGUUAGGGCUGACGGUAAGGGUAAAGGACUUACCUAUAAAGACGCUGGUGUUGACAUUAAUGUCGAUUCUGAACUUGUAAGGAGAAUAGCUAAGAUGGCGCCUCGGAUUGGAGGCUUCGGUGGUUUAUUCCCCCUCGGUGAUUCGUAUCUCGUUGCUGGUACUGAUGGUGUGGGGACGAAGUUGAUGCUUGCUUUUGAAACCGGCAUUCAUGAUACUAUUGGGAUUGAUCUGGUUGCAAUGAGAGUCAAUGACAUUGUUACUUCGGGGGCCAAGCCUUUAUUUUUCCUUGACUAUUUUGCUACCGGCCCUACCGGCCAUCUUGAUGUGGAUGUUGCUGAACAGGUUAUAAAAGGAAUUGUCAAUGGUUGUAAGCAAUCUGAUUGUGCUCUUCUAGGUGGAGAGACUGCAGAGAUGCCUGGUCCAUAUAAAGAAGGCGAGUAUGAUCUCAGCGGCUGUGCUGUUGGCAUUGUAAAGAAGGAGAAUGUAAUCAAUGGGAAGAACAUUGCCGUUGGUGACAUUAUUAUUGGUUUGCCAUCCAGUGGAGUUUAUUCUAAUGGCUUAUCACUUGUAAGAAGAGUGCUUGCUCAAAGUGGGCUUCAAUUGAAAGAUAAACUUCCUGGCGGUGACAUCACAAUUGCUGAAGCUUUGAUGUCUCCAACUACUAUCUAUGUCAAACAGGUGCGUGACGUAAUCAGCUUGGAAAGGAAUUUCUUCUGGAAAGGUUCAUCCUUUUUCAUAGAUGUGUCUUUAUGUAUCUAUAUGUGGCAAAUAUUGCACUCAAUCUAA